AUGGCCAUAGGAGAUGUCUUCCACGAGUGGCCUGUCUGGCCGCCCAAUGAGGAAGUCAGCCUUCUGUUGUGCAAAGGAGAGGUUGCUAGGCUGGAGGACCCCAGGUACGGCAAAGACCAGCGGACAUUGAACAUGCGAGGUCAGGCGCCCACCUCCUUGCAUAGCUAUGGAUGCGCCCUUGCCCCAUGCCCGUGUGGGUGCCGCAGUGCUGCAUUGUCAGAGGUGAGGUUGCUUCGGGAUGGCUUGAGAGGGUUCUGGAUUUUGUCACAAACUGACGGAAGGCAGAGGCAUCCGCACCCGCAGGAGCUUGCGCUACUCAACGCCAUUCCUCCAAGCUACAAUCAUGUCAAGCCACCGCGUUCCGCACUGUGCUUGAUUGGACAGGUCGCUUCCCCUCUGCAAGCCUUGUGGGUUCUCCUCCAUGUUGUUGAAUGGGCGGCAGAAGAAUUUGGGGGAAACAAGCCACCACCCUUUGAGGACGUCAUUGCAACCUUUAAGGAGUGCCUUGUUGAGCAGAUGAGAGCCACAUGGGCCUUCCCUACCAUGCAUGCGCCCAGGGAGGUGUGGGUCAGGACAAGAGAGGGCGAGUUCAGAUUGUCCGUCAGCAGGCCAGCCAAGGUGCAGGAGUUGAUCGAGGCAGAGGAGACACUUCAGCACAGGUCGGGCACGAUCCUUGCAAGGUUUCAGGGGUGCCAACUUGAGGCUGAGGCCUGGAUACCGUGUACCAAGGAUGCACCGUUGGAGCUUGUGUUUCAGCCCACCAGGCGCCAGUUGCAAUUGCCGCGGCAGGAAAGCCAAAGCACUUGUCCAAAGGUAGAGUCCGCAUCGCCGACUCUGGAGGCCAAGGGUCUGAUUGGUUCGCUUGCAGAGCAGGUCACAGGGCAAGAGGUUGAAAGGCUCGCCCCUGCAGAGGAUGUUGGCAGCGUGCAAAGCCAGUCCAAGCAUGCAAAGCCAAGGCCCAUUUCAGAACAGGCGUGUCCUGGCACAGGUUCCGCAGGCAGUUGCGUGACAGGUGCCCAGUCAAGGCCAGAGGUUGCCCAGGGCACAGGUGCCAAGGCCCUGCAAAGUGCACAUUUGCCAGACGGGAAGCAGAUACAGCCAGGCGCCCAGUGCAUGCAUCAAGCCGCAGGCGGGGCCAAGCAACGCACGUCAAAGGUCCCCAUAGGAUCCGUUGGCAUCACCCUGGUGACGGACCAGGAUGCUGUUGCGCUCACUUUGCCUGACAACAUCACAGUGGCCAGCUCAGAGAAGCUGCUGGAACUGGGGCAAUUGAAAUCCGUUGCCAAGGUUGUCUGCAAGGUUUGGCGCAAGAGCCUUAUCUCAUUCGAAUGCCGCCAGUGGUUCAGCCAGGAGGAUGGAAUCAGCUGUGGGGCAGUGGCAGUCGCACAUGCAGCACUGGUGGUAGGGGGCCGUGGGGGGUUGACGGCCAAGGAGGCACAGACCCUUUCAGAGCUACUCGUGUCCAAAGGCGUGCCGUCGGACAAAGCCGCAGAGAGGUCUCAGGAUUUGGUCAAGAAAAUUGGGCAAACUACGGUAGUUCAGGCACUUAAUGCAAAGCAGCCUUGGCAGGCAUUGAAGGCGGCGGCGUCCAGGCCCGGAACAGCUUUUCGCAUCAUCUCCCCAACGGAGCUUGAGGCUAAAAUCAGGGAGAAGGCUGUUGAAGAACAUGGGGCAGCAGUGCCGAACGGCGGUCGAAAGAAGCGUAGGCAGGUUGCUUUGAGCAAGGCUGCUGCUCCACUUAUCAUUGACCCCCAAAGUUUGCUCCUAACUGAUGGGUCCUUUUGCACACAAGAUGGGACAGGGCUGCAUCAAAUCCCAUUCGAGGAGGUGACAAAUGAGGCACAUGGCCUGGCCUUUUGCACUGCUGAGCAAGCUCUGCCGUUCUUGCAAGGAGACCCGCUGAGCACGGACCCUCUGUGUUUGGUCACCACGUCAGAGGUGCCAACGGAUAUCACAACCAAGAGGCAGCAUGUGCCUGUGAGAUAUCCGGUCAUUUUUCAGCCCACACAAGAGCCGAUCUUGAUCAACGGCAGCCUCAUCAAUCUGGGGGACGAAAGUGUCAGCCUUGCCCAGGGCACAAUUGCAGAGCCCACUAGCCUGGCCACGGGAGUCAUCAAAUUGGCAGUGUACAAGGAUGAAUACGCAGGUGACUGGAGCAAGUUUAUUCAGGGACCAGUCAAGCACAUUUUGCAGAGCAUCCAAUUACAAUCUGCACUGAUUGAUGCCAUGUUGCUCGAUGUGUGGUCGCGUCAGUUCCAGACGCACAGCGGCCAAAGGGCUGAUCCAAAGGCAGCAGAGGUGUUCACAGUGUUGCUCCGCGUCCCGCGUUCUGCUGUCGACUUGCUGCAGCUUAUCAAUGUUGCAGGAGUCUACGUUGAGCCACGCGCUGACUCAGGAGCUGGCAGCCACGCAGACUGGCGGGUGGUGUGGGUCCCCGGGGCGGGCAGGGAUCAGGCGCGCCAUCUCGUCAAAACGUGCCCCAAGGCUGUGGCUGUGACUCGUGUUGGCACUAAGUACGGUGCACGGGUCAAGGAGUGCGAUGAGGCCUCUGUAUUUGCACUUGUCCGCCCAGGCGUCGCCUUUGUACAGGCGAAGGUCUCCCGCCGCUUUCGCAUUCAUCCGUUGCCACACGGAACUCAGAGAGCGGACUUGAUCAAGUUGCUACAGGGCUGGCAGUGGCAAGCCCGUCCCCUGCAGCCCGGGAGGGGGGAUAGUAAUGGGGCUGCUUGGUUGGUGGGUGCCGAGGCCGAACCGCCUUCGUUGGCGCUUGCAACAGGGGAGGGUUUCGCACUUGUUGCUCAGAUCGGGUCCAAUCUGCCAAAGCCCGAGGUCGAUCGCACGCUUUAUGCAACAGUCAAGACCAGGCAGUGCAUCAGGCAAGGUGUGUCACAGGAUGCCAAAGGUGAGGACCCGUGGACAAAAGGACCCGACCCUUGGGCCCAAUACAAGCAGCCUCAACAGGUUCAAGCCACUCAGGCCAAAUCCACCGAAGGCAUGACCCGAUUAAGUGCCAUUGAAAGCUCAUUGAAGCAGACGGUGCAGGAUUCUGCUCACAAGCAGGUUGAAGCCGCAGUGCAGGCACAGGCAGCCAAGCAGAAUCAGGCCAAUGAGGCAAGGUUCGAGAGGUUAGAGGCCAGCCUAACUGAGGUUCAACGGCAAAACGCUAAAUUCACAGAAUGGGUGCAAAACGUCAACCAGCAGGUUUCGCGCACCGCCAGUGAGCUCGGAGACGUCCAAAUGAACUUGUCUUGUCAAGCCGCAGCAAUUGAGAAAGUUAAGACUGAGGUCCAGCAUCAAGCCGCAGGUACCCAGGCAGCCAUCAACAGCACGGUGCAGGCCACGCAGGCGUCAUUCUCCCAGCAAAUUGCAGCGCAGUUCCAGGGGCAGAUGGAGCAAUUCCAGUCGCUGCUGGCAAAGCGCAAGUUGGCCGAGCAACUCCGUUUCUGCGCCAAGCAGCAGGGUGUCCUGGUAGCUAGUGAUUUUCCGGGGCGAACCGUGACCACAAAUUGGCCGAAUGACAUCCUGGAAUCUGGGCGUCUCUUGCCCACGUAUCAUGACGUUCAUGGGGUCCCUUUGACUGGGGUUGUAGUCUACGGGUAUCCCAGCGGCACCACCUUUCCCAAGGCACGCGCCGCUACGGACGACUUGCUAGCUCAUGUGACUCGAGACAUUGUACUUGGCAGACAAGGUCCCAGGUAUGUUGCUGGUGACUUCAAUCAUUCCGCUGAGUCAUUGGAAGAGCUGGCGUUGUGGAAAGCAUCUGGUUGGGUUGAAGCCCAAUCUUUAGCAUCGGCCCGAUGGGGUCAGGAGAUCCUCCCAACGUGUAAAGGUGCCACGCAAAGAGAUUUUGUCUUUCUGUCGCCUGAGUUGGCAGCUUUGUGCAAAGCCGUUGCGGUACAGGAUCAUUUUGCGGAUCAUUCGUCCAUUUUUGUCUCAUGCGAAGCCCCAUGGGGUAGGUCACAAAUUAAGGCCUGGCCAAUGCCAUCAGAGAUCCCUUGGAACUCCAUCGAUGUGGAGGCAUGGCAUCAAAGUACGUUGGAUGUGCCUGUCAGAGAGCCUGAUCCUACUCAGCACCUCCGAGCCAUCGCCAAGUGCAUGGAGGAUAGUCUGGAUGGGCAUGUCAAGGAAAUGCCGGGGCUUCGUCUUCCCACAGCAUGCAAAGGUCGUGCCCAACAAAUUAGGCCAGUCAUGCAGCAGGCCGCGGCGUCGAUGGCCAGGGUCAGCAGGAAUGGGGAGGUCACUUUGAGGAGCGAUCUGGUAGGCCGAGAGGUCUCAGCAUGGUUCAAACAGCUACGCAGAUUACAGAGCAUGUGUCACGCACUGCGUGCAGACAAUCAGCAUGUCGAUGCUCAGGUAUACAGGGCUGAGCUCUGGCACAAAAUCUCCAUGUGCUGCAGCUUUUCGGGAGGCUUUCGCUCUUGGUGGUUGGGCCGACGCAUACAGUUGCAAGGUAGUCCUGUAAUGCUUCCAUUGGCAGUGCCCACGCUGGAGGUUUGCGACAGAAUUUUCAGUGAUUUUCAGUCCAAUUUCCGUUCAUUCGAGUCCUGGCAUAAUCGCAACAGGGGACGCAUCCUGGAGAGCCGCUACCAAACAGGUAGGAAUCAGUUGUUCAGCGAGCUUCGCAGGCAACAGCAGGACUCAGUUGACACCAUGCAGUGUGAAAGGAGCUACACCAUUUUGGAGGUAGACUCCGGGAGCAAUCAAGUUGCCCUUGAAUGCCCUGCGGACCCCCGGGGUCAUAGUACCUGGGAGUUGGAGGGAGCAUUGUGUGAGGUUCAUUCAUUCGAGGGCCCGGUGUGCAGGAUCGAGUGCACGGCAGGGGUUGUGGCAGGGCAAGAACUUCAACAACAUCAGAUUCUCACACGUGCUGAUCACACUCAAGAUGAAUUCAGAAAACAUUGGGAGCCCAGGUGGAAUCGACAUGCGGAGGUUCCCGAGGAAGCAUGGGAGAGGGUUGUAGGUUUUUGUACAGCAUUUUUGCCAAGACGCUCUCUGGUUUUAGAGCCCAUCACGCCGCAGUGCUGGUUUAGUGCCGUUCGCAAGUACAAGGCCAGGGCGGCAAGGGGCGCUGACGGCAUUGCCAAGUUGGAUCUUUUGUCAAUGCAUCCGCAGUUGAUUUCUGAGCUGCUCUAUUUGCUGAACCGCAUCGAAACCGGCGUGUCCGAGUGGCCGGCACAGAUGCUCAUUGGACUCAUCAUGGCACUGGAUAAGGCCAACCAUAAGCCUGGGCCAGACGCCUUUCGCCCCAUAUGUGUGCUCAGCAUAGUGUACCGAACCUAUGCCAGCGUUCGAGCUAAGCAGAUGCUAAGGCAGAUUUCAGCUUGGAUAGACGCAGGGGCUAUGGGUUUCUUGCCACACAGGGAAACCAAAGGCAUUUGGAUGGCAGUUCAGGCCGCCAUUGAAAUGGCAGCGCUCCAAGGGAGUGAUAUUUCCGGUUUUGGGGCUGACAUUGUCAAGGCAAAUAACGGUCUCCCCAGAAGGCCAGUGUUACAUGCAGCUGAAUGUGUUGGCGUACCACAGCCGUUAGUGCAAGCAUGGUCAAGCUUUCUGCAAGGGCUCCGCAGGCACUUUGUGAUACGGCAUGAACUGGAUGAGGGCAUUACAUCGCACACAGGUUUUCCGGAGGGUGAUCCCCUCUCGACACUGGCGAUGGUGCUUGUAGACCAGUGCUGGCACGUGUACAUGGGUCAGUUUGCCCCAAGGUGCAUCCCUCUCUCUUUUGUGGACAACCUCACUUGUAUGGCCACCGAUGUUGCCACCACAGCUCAAGCAUUGGUUCAAACCCAGUGUUUUGCUGAGCUGUGGGACCUGGAGCUGGACCGCGACAAAACUUUCUCGUGGGCAUUGCAGCCUGCUUCCAAAAAGGCUCUGCAGGCAUUGCAUCUGAAGGUCGUUGAUGCGGCCAAGGACUUAGGAGGUUUUAUGUCUUACGGCAAGAGGGUUCGGGUCAACCUGCAUGAGGAAAUGUGCAAGGCUAUGGCGCCGGUAUGGCGCAAGCUAAGGCUGUCGAAGGCACCCAUUGCCCAGAAAAUUGCGGCUCUACCUGCCAAAUAUUGGAGUAGCCUCUUGCACGGGGCAGCCGGUUGUGUCUUGAGUGAAUCAAGGCUUUCAUCUUUAAGAGCAACCGCCACCAAAGCCAUUGGCAUCAGCACGGCAGGGUCGAGCUCCGCGCUUCGUUUGGUUCUUGCGCCUGAUAUGACCUCGGACCCGGGGUUCUUUCAAUUUUGGCAUUUGCUCAACGAUUUCCGUAGGCUGUGCAGGAAGUUGCCUUUUCUCAUUGAUCAAUGGGAGCACUUCAUGGCCAAUUUCGAGGGGAAGCUGUAUCCCGGACCUUUCAGCAGUCUUGUGCAGUUGUGCUCCAAGGUUGGCUGGAGUGUGCAACCACCUCUGAUCUUCACUGGCGCUGAGUUGGGUUUUGAUUUGUUCAGGGCCCCUAAGGAUCUGGUACGGUAUCUGGCCGAGCAAGCUUGGGCAGACAUGGUAGCUAGACAGCACACUCACAGGAAAACGAUGGGCGAUUUACAAGGAACUGAUCUGGCGCUGGCUCGACUGGACAGCAAGCGCUUGACCGCGCAGGAGAAUGCCAGGGUCCAGGCAGUGCAAUCCGGGGCCAACAUUUCGAAUCAGCAACACAGCAGGUAUGACACCACAAAAGCUCCUUUGUGCUCGAUUUGUGGGGAGCCGGACACUGUUGAGCACAAGAUCCGUUUUUGCAGCAGAUUCGAGCAACGCCGUAGUGGAGCAGAGAAGACUCUCAGUCAGUGGGCGGUGGUCAAUGCCACUCAGGAGUGCACUCUCGGCAAUGGGCCAUUGCCGGGCGCUUGGCAGACCGUUCCACGUGCUGAGUUGUGUGCUGCGCUCUUCGCUUUACGCUGGGGACUGCUUAACAAGGCCAAAGUCCAUCUUUGGGCAGAUGCCACUUAUGUGGUUAACGGGGUUCAGGCCAUUCUUCGUGGUGAGGAUGUUGGCGAUGAGGCAGAGAAUUACGACCUGUAG